UGCCCGGCACCCUCUCGGUGAUCCACCGCAGCCCACCGGAGUGGGUGUCAUGGCUGCCGGCGUCGAGUUGGCAGGAGUUGUCUGCGGAGCUGGUGGAAAGUGGCUGAAGUAGCCGAACUGGCGUAUGACCCGGGGCGUCAGGAGCUCUCGGGAAUGAGACAGGCUUCCUCGCAGGAGAGGAUUUCUCAGUGGUGGCGGGUGUCCGUAGUUCGCGGCUCGAGAGCUGCCUGGGCGGUGGUGGGCCGAGGAGAAGCUAGUCCGUCGCUCCCCUUGGAGGCCGGCGUCGCCUUGGAAACCAGCAGAGCGGGUUGGGCGCCUGACCGGGGGGCUGCCCUUGCCCGCAGUUACCGGGAGAAGGCUCAGGCCCGGACGAGGAGGGAGCUGCUUCUUGGGUGGCCGCAGCGAUGUCUUCGUGGCUCGGCAGUUUGGGCUCUGGCCUGGGCCAGUCCCUGGGGCAGGUGGGAGGCAGCUUGUCUUCUCUCACUGGCCAGAUCUCCAACUUCACCAAGGACAUGCUGUUGGAGGGCACAGAGGAGGUGGAAGAUACUACCACAGAAUUCCAAAUAUCCAGUUCUAGGAUGAAGGAAAUUGAAGUCAUUCAUACAACUCUGAGGGCAGAGAAUGAGAGACUUAAGAAACUUUGUACUGAUCUAGAAGAGAAGCAUGAAGCAGCAGAGCUUCAAAUAAAACAGCAAUCUGCAGAUUAUCGAAAUCAACUACAACAGAAAGAGGUGGAAAUUAGCCUUCUAAAAGCAAGGCAGAAUGCAUUACAGGACCAAUUGCAGAAGUUGCAAACAGCUGCUCAACCAGUGCAUUUGGAAGUUGGCAGCUUACCUUCUACAACUACAUCAGCUUCCUUUGUUCCUGGAAUUAGUCAUCAUGUUUCAGCUUUCCAUGGAGAUGACAUGGACUUUGGGGAUAUAAUUUGGUCACAGCAAGAAAUAAACAGAUUGUCAAAUGAAGUUUCAAGGCUUGAAUCUGAAGUUGGCCAUUGGAGACAUAUUGUUCAGUCACAGGGAACAAAUAGCUCUGAUCAGAGUGAAAUCUGUAAACUACAGAAUACCAUCAAGGAGCUUAAACAGAACUUGAGUCAGGAAAUUGAUAAUCAUCAACAUGAACUGUCAGUAUUGCAGGAUGCACAUCGACAUAAACUAGGAGAGAUAAGUCGUAGGCAUCGAGAAGAAUUGGGUGAAUAUGAAGAAAGAAUUGAAGAACUUGAAAAUCUAUUACAUCAAGAUGGCUCAGAGAUUGGACAUACUCAUCAUUCUAAAGUUCAUGAAAUACAAAAAACUCUUCAUAUUCUACAAACUGAAAAAACUGAAUCAGUGAAGAAAAUUCAAGACCUUGAGGUUGAAAUAAAAGACAAAGAUCAAAAAUUGUCUUUAAUAGAGAAUGACAAUGAAAUCUUGAAGAAAGUACAAGAACUUUUAAAUGUGGAAAAAAGCCAAAUUAUACAAGAAUGUGAAAGGCUGAAAAUGGAAGUUAAUCAGUUUAUUCUGACAAAAGAAAGAAUUCUUCCAGAUGAUAUGUCUGUCAAAGAGGAGCUGUUGAGUCUACAACAAGCAUUGUCUGAUGCACAAAAGGAAAUAAUGAGACUGAGUCAUUUACAUCAGGGAAACAUUCUUACUGAAGAUGGUCUAGAACUUAAAAAGAGUCUGCAGAUACUAAAAGAAGAAAAUUCAUCAUUGAAUCAAGAAAAGGAAGAACUUCAAAAAGCACUAUUAAAAUUUCAAAAUGAACAUGAAACCAUUAAGUUCACAUCUAGUGAAGACAUGAAUUUGGAGUCAGAGCUAAAUAUUUUAAAAACUGAUUUGGAAACAAAGAAACAAGAACUUAAUGAAAGUAUUGCUGAAAAAGAAUCAUUGAUAGCAGAGUUAGAAGAACUGGACAAACAGAAUCAAGAGGCUACUAAGCAUAUGAUUUUGAUGAAAGACCAACUAUCAAAACAACAUAAUGAAGCAGAUAUUACCAUUAACAAGCUAAAACAAGAUGUAAAUGAUGAAAAAAAGAAGGUUUCUCAACUUGAAAAUGAAAAGAUGAAAAUUAAUAAAGAACUAGAAGUACAAAAAGAAAAGUUCAACGAAAGGGAAGUAACCCUUUAUGAUUUGAAUACAAAUAAGAAGGAACUUGAGGAUAAGAUUAAGGAUUUAGUAGAUCAGCUAGAUAAAUCACAGGAAUACAUUUUGAACAUUAAAAAGGAAAAUUCAGAGCUUCAGGAAAAACUAAAACAGAAUGAAAAGGAUCUUUUUACCACUAGGAAUGACUUAACUAAACUUCUUAAUCAAGAGUCUAACAGUAACUUUCAGAGUGACUUACUUAAAGAAAAGGAAACAGAAAUUAGGAACUUAAAUCAAUGUCUUUCAGAAAUGAAAGAACUCAAUAAAAAUUUAGAGAAAACUGCUUUUGAUGUCAAAAUAGAAAAUGAAAAGUUAAUUUUAGAUUGUGAAGAUGUAAAACAGCAGUUAAAGGAUUCUGUUACUGUUAAGAAUCAGAUUUCUCUGGAAAAAGAUACUAUUAUUGAAGCUUUAAGAAUAGAGAAAGGGCAGUUAGAAGUAGAAUUACAUCAAUCUGAAAAGAAAUUGUUGGAGCAAGCUCACAAAUAUGAGCAAAACAUUGAAGAACUGUCUAAUGCAUGCAAGAUGGAUACUUCUACCUUACAGUUGGAACAUGAAUGUUUAAUUAAACUUAAUCAAGAGAGAGAUUUUGAGAUUACAAAACUCAAAAGUAAAAUUGCGCAAAUGGAUAGUGACCAUAAAGAAACUAAAGAAAUCCUAACAACGAGUUUAGCAGGGCAGAAGGAGUUAACAGAACUCAUAAAAGAGAAAGAGAUAUUCAUUGAACAGCUUCAAGACAAAGGUUUAAACCUUCAGAAGAAACUUGAUUCACAUACUCAGAUUUCAAAAAAAAAUGAAAUGUUCAGACAAACUAUAGAAGAAAAAGAUAAAAAUCUUGCAAUUAUGAAAGAAGAAAACAAUCAUCUGAAGGAAGAACUUGAAAGACUCAGGGACCAACAAAGUAGAUCUAUUCCUGUGACUGAGCCCAAAACUCUUGACAUUAUCACUGAACUUGAAACUGAAGUAGCACAGUUGAAUGUGAUAAAGGAUAGUCUUGAAAAAGAAAUAAAACAUUACCAAAAGACUAUUGAAGAUCAAAAUCAGAUUAAGAUGCAACUUUUACAGACUUUACAAGAACAGAAAAAGGAAAUAGAUGAGUUUAAAUCUCAACAUGAGCAAAUGAAUAUUACACACACACAACUCUUUUUAGAAAAAGAUGAAGAAAUAAAAAAUUUACAAAAGACAAUCAAUCAAAUUAAAACUCAGCUGCAUGAAGAAAGGCAGGACAUCCAAACAGAAACCUCUGAUAUCUUUCAGGAUACUAAAGUUCAGGCUCUUAAUGUAGAAAAUGGAAAUGAGAAGCAUGAUUUAUCAAAAGCGGAAAUUGAAAGAUUGGUAAAGGGAAUAAAGGAAAGAGAGAUGGAGAUUAAGCUUUUAAAUGAAAAGAAUGUUUCUUUAACUAAACAGAUUGAUCAGUUGUCCAAAGAUGAAGUUGCUAAAUUGACACAAAUUAUUCAGCAGAAAGAUCUAGAGAUACAGGCUCUUCAUGCUAGAAUUUCUUCUGCAUCCUACAUGCAGGAUAUUGUUUACCUUCAGCAGCAACUUCAGGCUUAUGUUAUAGACAGAGAAAAAUUAUUUUCUGUUUUGAAUGAAAAGUCUAGGGAGCACAGUCAGCUAAAAACAGAAUAUCAUAAAAUCAUGGAUAUAGUAGCUGCCAAAGAAGCAGCUCUCUUGAAACUUCAAGAUGAAAACCAAAAAUUGACUAGUAGAUUUGAAAGUAGUGGCCAGGAUAUGUUUAAAGAAACUAUUCAGAACUUGUCUCGUAUCAUUAGAGAGAAAGAUAUGGAAAUAGAUGCAUUAAGUCAGAAAUGUCAGACUUUACUGACUGUUUUACAAACAUCUGACUCUGGUAAUGGGAAUGAAGUUGGGAGUGUUAAUAGUAAUCAGUUUGAAGAACUUUUACAGGAACGUGAUAAAUUAAAACAGCAAGUAAAGAAGAUAGAAGAAUGGAAGCAGCAAGUAAUAACAACAGUACAAAAUAUGCAACAUGAAUCUGCUCAGCUUCAAGAGGAGCUUCAUAAACUUCAGGCACAGGUCUUGGUUGAUAGUGAUAAUAAUUCCAAGUUACAGGCAGACUAUAAUGGUCUAAUCCAGAGCUAUGAACAGAAUGAGACCAAACUCAAAUGUUUUGGUCAAGAAUUGGCACAAGUGCAGCACAGCAUAGGGCAGCUUCAUAACACCAAAGACCUUCUUCUGGGAAAACUUGAUGUUGUCUCACCCCAGCUAUCAAUGAGAUCAUCAGUAGUUUUACCUAUGCGAGAGAAACAAUCUGAAAUAUUAAAUGAGGCUUCUAAACCUCUACAACAAGAAUUAGAACAGCUAAGAAAAAUAUUACAAGAAAAAGAUGCAACAAUUAAGACUCUUCAAGAGAAUAAUCAUAGAUUGUGUGAAUCUGUUGCUUCCACCUCAGUACUUGAAAGAAAGGAACAUGAAGGGAAUGAUUCAGAGAUUAAGCAGAUUAAGGAAAAACAAGAUAUUUUACAAAAAUCACUUAAGGAAAAAGAUCUCUUAAUCAAAGCUAAAAGUGAUCAGUUACUUUCUUUAAAUGAAAAUCUUGCUAAUAAAACAAAUGAAAAUGAACUUUUAAAGCAGGCAGUAACAAACCUUAAAGAAAGAACUUUAAUUUUAGAAAUGGAUAUUCGUAAGCUAAAGGAAGAAAAUGAAAAAAUUGUAGUGAUGUCCAGGGAAAAGGAAACAGAAUUUCGAGCAUUGCAGGAGACCAAUAUGCAGAUUUCCAUGAUGCUGAGAGAAAAAGAAUUUGAAUCAAACUCUAUGAAGGAAAAGGCUUUUGCUUUUGAGAAACUAUUGAAAGAAAAAGAACAGGGUAACACUGGAGAGUUGAAUCAGCUAUUAAAUGAAGUUAAGUCCAUGCAGGAUAAAGCAGUUAUGUUUCAGCAGGAGAGAGACCAAGUCAUGUUGGCCCUGAAGCAGAAACAAAUGGAAAGCAGUUCCCUACAGAAUGAGGUUCAACAUUUUCGUGACAAAGAAUCUCGAUUAAACCAGGAGUUAGAAAGAUUGCGUAACCAUCUUUUAGAAACAGAAGAUUCAUAUACCCGUGAAGCUUUGGCUGCAGAAGAUCGAGAAGCCAAACUGAAAAAGAAAGUUACUAUAUUGGAAGAAAAACUAAUUUCAUCCUCAAAUGCAGUGGAAAAUGCCAGUCAUCAAGCCAGUCUCCAGGUGGAAUCUUUGCAAGAGCAAUUGAAUGUAGUUUCCAGGCAGAGAGAUGAAACUGUACUUCAGCUUUCUGUUUCUCAGGACCAAGUAAAACAGUAUGCACUGUCCCUAGCCAAUCUACAGAUGGUACUAGAACAGUUUCAACAAGAAGAAAAAUCUAUGUAUUCAGCUGAACUAGAAAAGCAAAAGAAAGAGUUGACUGAAUGGAAAAGAAAAGCAGAGAAUCUAGAAGGACAGGUUACAUCACUACAGGAAAACUUGGAAGAAGCAAAUGCUGCCUUAGAUUCAGCAUCAAGACUUACAGAACAAUUGGAUCUCAAGGAAGAACAAAUUGAAGACCUUAAAAAGCAAGGUGAGCUCCGUCAGGAAAUGUUAGAUGAUGUACAGAACAAAUUGAUGAAUCUAAUAAAUAGCACAGAAGGAAAAGUGGACAAGGUCUUAAUGAGAAACCUCUUUGUUGGACAUUUCCAUACACCAAAGAAUAAACGUCAUGAAGUGUUAAGAUUAAUGGGAAGCAUCCUGGGAAUUAAAAAGGAGGAAAUGGAACAGUUAUUGAAUGAAGAACAACAUGGUGUCACUAGAUGGAUGACAGGAUGGCUUGGUGGAGGAUCAAAGAGUGUACCUAACACACCUCUGAGACCAAAUCAGCAAUCAAUGUUCAAUAGUUCUUUUUCAGAGCUCUUUGUCAAGUUUCUGGAAACAGAAUCCCGUCCAAGCCUUCCUCCACCAAAGCUGUCUGUUCAUGAUAUGAAACCUUUAGAUUCUCCAGAAAGGGGAAAACCAACUAAUACUACAUCAGGCAAUUUUACAGAUACAAAAGGAUCUGGAACCAGUAGAAGACCAGAUGUAAAUCCAUUCUUGGCACCACGUUCUGCAGCUGUACCUCUCAUUACCCCAGCUGUGCUUGGAGCUGGUGGAACUGGGCAUCUGCUUAUGAAGCCCAUUUCGGAUGCUUUGCCAACAUUUACACCUUUGCCAGUGUUACCUGAUAACAGUGCUGGUGCUGUACUGAAAGAUCUCUUAAAGCAAUAGAUUGUGUUGAAAGCUGAGUUAAGAUAUAGCACUUUAAAGAAACCGUGAACACUAUUUGUAAAAACCUUACCACAAGAGGCCUUUUGGAAAAAGUCAUGUAUUUGUUUGCAUUUUUUACUUAUUUCUCUAAAUUUGAUUAUGAAAUAGUGAAUGCUUUUGGGAAUUGUCUAUGUCCCAAAUCAAGUGCCCAAUGCCCAGUAUUUUUUUUUUCCAUACUCACUUUGGUUUGUCUUGGGGGUGGGGUGGUGGAUUGUUAGUAACCAAAGUACAGGAAUUUAGUAGACUUCUUUGUGUAGUAGAGAAAUCAGAAUCAAAGCAUGUUUUAAGCUGCUCUAGAGUGCUUAGCAUUGGCAUGGCCUAAGAAAAGAUUUGAGGAUUUUUUUUCCUUUCAUGAAUUAUGACAAAUUUAAGCCAUGUCAAAGUGAAAUUUCUGCUUGAUUUUACAAGCGAAUAUUUCCAAGGGGAUGGCCUAUUACUGAUACUGGAAUGCAAAAAGAAACCAUUUUAAAUUGAAAUUUUUAGAGUCUGUCUAAAUCAGAAAUUUCCUGUAUUUGUUUUUUAUUGGCUUGUAAUCAUUAGCAUUUUUUAAAUGAAGCAUUUGGUGUCAUGUCUAGUUGUACUAUAAUUGUAGUUAGCAAAUAGAUGGAGUAAUGUAGUUUAGUAACUAUAUACGGGUUAAUUAUGUAACGGUACAUUUAGUUUCAAGAUACCAUUUUCUUCUGAUGUGAGCAUUUUUUUUUUGUAAGAUAUACUCAUCUAACAAAAGUUGUUUUCCCAAUGGUUGUUUUUGACUGUGACAUGACCUAGACCACCAGCACUAAGACUUUGAAACUAGAGAAAGAGUAUUUCUUUAAUUUUAUACAAAAUCUUCAUUAAAAAAAUAAUGCCAACCUGGAAUUUAACUAAUUGAACCAGGAUGUUAAUAUUUGUAUUAGUAGUUUAAGAUGUACAUUUGAAAAGACAUUUCUUGCCAUUUUUGUAAAUUUCCCCAUGGAUUUAAAAUGUAAACAUCUGUAUAGAAACAAAAGGUUAAAAAUACUUAAUCCAAAUAUGUAAAUAGGUCUGAUUAAUGCCAGAGCUGAAGCUGGAUAUUUGUAAAUUUUGUUAUAAUUAACUAUAUACUUUAUAUGCUGUGAGACAGACUGGAAGAUCUUUAAUUAUAUGUGAACAGGUAUAACUUGCCUUUCUGGAAAAGUAAAUAUCCUUGGACAAUGCUGUCUCAUUCAGAUAUCACUUAAUUUGUUUCAUCAUCUAACUAGUUUUUAUCAUUCCUUGUUUAGUCUGUGUUGAAAAGGAAGUUAUCAUUCAAGUUCUAUAUUAGAACUGUCUGACUAUUCUAUUAGCUAUUUUCCAUUGUUUCCCCAUGAAAUUUUUAUUGUUAUAAGACAUUUAAAUAUAAGAUUGUAUAGAAUCUUCCAAAACAAUAAAUACAAUAAGCUGCUUCUUAUUAUUUAUUUAAGUGAAGAAUAAAAGAUAAAAUUCUUCAACUUAAAUUUUUUGCAAUGAACUGAUCUGAAGUCUUUUUUCGUAUAAAAUUUAUUCAGGAUUUUCAAAAUCAGUAUUUUAAGAAAUUGAAAUGAGGUUUGUGAAAAUGGAAAGCAUUAUUCAGUUAAAGAAACUUUUCCACUCAUCAUUCACAUUUCUUUUCUAGCUUGAAGCAUUCUUAUAGUUCUUGAAAUUUGACUUCUGGAAAUUCAUUACAUGUCUUGAAAAUACCAAAGAAGCAAUAGGUUUUAAGACACUUUUGGAGUUAUAGUAGUGUAACUAUUUCAUUAUGGUUUUGUUCCUUAAAUGCACCUUGUGAGAAUACAUUGAGUCGAAUGAAAAUGUUUCCUUUUAUUGUUGAGAACCAUUUCUUUGGGAUAAUGGAAAUAAUGUUUCCUAAAUAUUUAAAGAAAACUUAGGACCUAUAAAUUUUUAUUUAGUGGGAAGGGAGGAAGAAGUGGAGUUUGAAGAAAUGUUAUCAUUAUUUUCUAUCACAAAAGAGAAAUAUGAUGAAUGUUAGAAUGACUGAUGAUAACAGUUUGUGUUAUUCCUUCUCUAGAGCCCAAGUUAUUUAUUUUUUUUCCUGUGACUUAAUAUAAACAUAAAGGUAGUUACAUAGCUGUGCACUAACUCCUUAGCUACCAUAAUAAAGACAUAAUUAUCAUUUGAAUGACAAUUGUCUUUAAGUUAUAUUUUAUAUGAUUAAGAUGUGUUAUUACAACUAACUUCUAACUUCCGAACAAGAGUGAUUAUUAUCAGUUUAAGAGCAAUGUCAUUUUAUUCUGACAUGUCAUUCUUUUCUUCUGAAAACUCUUUAAUGUUGAAAAGAAUGAAAGAAACAUUAAGCAUUUACUAUGUGUUUGAUAUAAUGCCAAUGUAUCUUGUUUCAGCAGUGAACUAUUAGUAGAAUCUUUAUCUGAAGGGAUACAGUUUUAAUAUUAGUAUUUAAAUGUUGCUAAGUCUAAAAGUGAUCCUGCUACUUUCUUAUUUAUAAGCUUAGUGGAAAUUUGUGGUUGGGUUCUGAUGUAACAACCACAGUUUUUCACAACAUUCCCAAUUGUUUAACCAUAUAAUUCUACAGUUUAAAAUAUAGCCAGCCACAAUUAAAAAUGACAAAACCUAAUCUCACUGCUUGAUUUCUAGUUGUUUCUGUGAUGGGUAAAAAAGAAUUUGGUCAGAAGAGGAACAGAAUUGUUUUGUUGCAACCAGAUAUUUUAAAAAUUAACUUUUCCCCAUGGCAAUGCCCCUCUCCUUUUUCAUUUUCAGGCAUAAAAAUGCCACCUAUUUGGUGAAAGGAUUAUGUAAACAGUUGGCAAAUAAAUAGAAAAAAGUUUGUGCUUUGGGGAGCAGUAAUCAGAACUCUUUUGGAAUGCUAAAAUCAAAUUUUAAACUUUUGAAUUGUGUUUUUCAAAGGUAAUAAGAUUUCCCCCUUAUAUGUUUAUUAAGAAGUCUUCCACUUGCCAAAACUAUUUCAGACAAUUACAUAAAAUAUCACACUGAUGCAUUUAAAGAGAAGCAUGUUCCUAUGGGAAAAAUAUGGUACUUUUAAUCUUCUGACAUUUGUGCUCAUUUGUCAUCAACCUGUAAUACAUAUUUUUAGUUUUCCUUGCAUAAUGUUAAAAUUAGAGUUUUUAGAUUUUAGAGAAUAACUUAUCUGAAAUUUGGAAAGUUAUAACAUACAACCUUCAGAUCAUUUUGUGCUUUAUUAAGCCACAGGCUAAUGUAUUUCUGAACUUCUUGGGAGCCUUGCAAGUCUUAAAAAGUUCCAAACAAAGAUGAUAUAUGUAAGUUGGCGAUGUAUAACACACAAUAAAAAAAUUAGCAAACA